CGUGACACCACAGGGAGCCUGAGAAAAAAUCGAGAGCAUGAAAAUCAAAAUGGCCGACUACACUGUUUCUUUCGAAAGCGACGAAAACCUUCUCAAAACACUAUUUAGGGAAUCUUUUCCAGAAUCAUGGCGAGAGAGUCCGGAGUUUACGGCAUAUCUAGCACAGCUGAGCUCGUCAGGAAUAGAUAGACUAAGCAGGGAACCAGAGCGGCUAGCUGAAGAAAAGGAACAAGUGUUGGAACAGACUCAGAACCUGGCAUUUCACAAUUACAAAACAUUCAUUAGGACAGCAGAGUGCUCACAAGAAAUAUUUGAGGAUUUUGUAUUGGUUGAAAGCCAUGUUGAGUCCCUACUCGACAAGCUGCCAGGAUUUUCAACAAAGUGUAAGGAGUUCAUGGACACAGCUAGAGAAAUCAACCAGAGUCGCAGGCUGAACUCCCUGACCCUGGCAAGACAUACACAGUUGCUAGAGAUUCUUGAAAUUCCACAGCUGAUGGAUACCUGUGUGCGAAAUAAUUACUAUGAAGAAGCCUUAGAAUUGUCUUCCUACAUCAAGCGCUUGGAAAAGAAGCUGUCCAACAUCCCAGUCAUCCAAAGCAUUGUCCAGGCCGUCCAGGGAUCCACUCAGCUUAUGUUGAUGCAGCUCCAACAGCAGCUACGCUCAUCCAUCCAACUUCCUGCCUGCUUGCGAGUCAUCGGUUACCUGCGCCGGCUUGAAGUCUUCUCCGAACCUGAGCUAAGGAUUAAGUUUUUACAAGCUCGCGGGGCGUGGCUCCAAAGCGUGUUGAGUUCUGUUCCAUCAGAUGAUCCGUAUUACCACAUUACUAAGAUCAUUGAGGCUAGCCGAGUCCACCUGUUUGACAUUGUCACACAAUAUAGAGCGAUAUUCUCAGAUGAUGAUCCAAUACUUUCUAUGGAAAAUGAAGAGAGCCCUGCUUACAGCAACCUUUUCCACUGUUGGAUUGUGGAGAAGGUGUCUCAGUUUUUGGAGGUUCUUGAGAAAGACCUGAGGCGGGGUGUUGGUGGUCGCUUAGACUCAUUGCUUGGACAGUGCAUGUAUUUUGGGCUGUCAUUUAGCCGUGUGGGUGCAGACUUUCGUGGAUUGCUGCCUCCCCUCUUCCAGUCUGCAUCAUUAAGCACAUUUUUGUCUGCAACAAGGGAGGCUACCAGAAGUUUUGAGGAGACAAUGUCAUCCUAUACUUUGCAAGCACAACCAAGUGCUCUGAAAUCGACUGUUCUUUCUACAACUUCCUCAAAGACAGGCGACACCUCACCGACCCCUCCCAUAGGAUUGCUAGAGCACCCCCCUUUAGCUGCCUACACCAACGCGGUCCUGUCUGCCUUUAAUGAGUUACGGCACUGCGCACCAGUGGCCCUUGCGCAUGCGUGCAGGGACGAGAUACAUACGUCACUCGCCUUUGUUGUCAAGGCAACGUGUGCCUUUCACAGGUCCGAGGCAGCUGCCCUGAAUGAAAGUGAAAGAGCUUUGUUCCUGAAUUUUGCAAAAGCCAUCGUCAUAGACCUAGUGCCAUUUCUCGACCGUUGCUUGGCAGCCGUUUUCCCGCCAAGCGCAAUCGAUACCAUUGUUGGUGCCAGUCCCCUUGAGUUAAACGCACGGCACCAAAGGCCCACGGGAUUGGACAUCCGGAGAAUUACGGGACCACUCAUUCCCAUGAUCCCUCAGGAGGAUCUAGAACCAGCAGUAGGAGUUGUCAAAGAGCAACAAGGUGAACUUUCGGCUGGUACCUCGGCUAAAGAGAACUUAGACAAUCAGAAAGCGGGGGAAAAGACUGAUAGUAGCGAGGUGGGUGCUCCCACGGUAGAAACAGAACCGGACGCUGGGGAAAAAGACAUUGACGAAGAUGAGAAGUUACAAAAAUGACGGACCAUUAAAUAUUUCGGGCAGAGCGAAUUUACUUUAAAAAGUAACCAGUUCCUUUUUCAAAAAUAUAUAAUGUUCAUUCCCUAACUCGAAAGGGGUUGCAAAAGGGACAAGCUCAUUCACAACAAUUGAAUGUAUUUAUUAUAAGAAUUUAAUGGAGCAAGGUGGUAGAAAAGUAGAGGAAGUUAAAAAUAGGUUUCGGUUCAACGUA